UUUCGAUGAAAUUCUUCGUCCCCUAUUUCUCAGUGUGUCGUGUCCUAUUGAAUUGCUGAGUGACGGUUAAUUUCACUCUACAAAACAUGAAAGUUUUAUUAUUUUGCACAAUUGUUCUCUUUACAUUUACUUGUGCGGAGUAUAAUUUCGAAAGAAACGCGAAAUUAAGUCAAGGUGCGUUUCCGUGCAAAGAGGAUAAAGAAUGCCAAAGUAAUUUUGGACCAAAAUCAAAAUGUGAAAAAAAUAAAUGUUUAUGUACAAAUGGAGAAGAUAAUAGUGUAACUUAUUGUUCUGAAAUUGUUCAAAAUCAAAACACACAAGCGAGAAACUUAGAAGAUUCGGAUUUUGAUUCAGAACCGGAGUCUUUCAUUGGAAAAUUAUGUGCCAAUAAUAGCGACUGUCAUUACCUGAGUGCUUAUUGUAAUGAAACAAAACAAUGUGAUUGUCAGCCUGAUUUUACAAAUACGAAAGACGGAAAAUAUUGUUUGAAAGCCGCUCGAAAUUUACAAGAUCCUUGUAAAAAGGAGGAGCAAUGCACUUUCAAAUUUCCUAAUGCAACAUGCACAGAUAAAAAAUGUGAAUGUCGCGAAAAUUAUCAUGUUUCUGCUAGUCAGUGCUGGAAGGACAUUGGAUAUGGUGAAAAAUGUGAUGAUAGUCGAGAGUGUUGGCAUAUUUAUGGAUUUUGCACUGAAGAUAAUCAUACAUGUGUUUGCGCGGGAAAUAGAGUUAUAAAUUCACGAAAAUCCAUGUGCCUCGAUGUUGUUCAACAUGGAGAAAGAUGUUUUGAAACUGUACAAUGUACAACGAGUUUAGGGGAUGCCGAUUGUGUACAAGGAUAUUGUCAUUGCGCUAGAAAUUAUCAUUAUGUUCCAUUCAGACAGAAGUGUAUACCUAGCAAAACUCUCGGUCAGCCUUGCGAUGAUGAUGAAGAUUGUCACCAAACAUCAAGAAGUGAUGAUAGAAAUUUUUUGAAAUGUGCACAUGCAAAAGUGUGCAUUUGUAGUAAUGGUUUUGAGAGAGUUGGUUAUCAGUGUGAGGAAAAAGACAAUGAAUCGUCAGCAGUCACUUUGUACCUAUCGUCAUUGCUUUUGAUAACACUACUCGGUUUUUUAUCCUGUCUGUAAACGAUAAACGUGAAUCUCACAACAGUCAGCCAUAAUUCUCAAUUUGUUAAUAAUUUUAUUCGCAUUAUUCUCAUCAUUAAUUUUAUGAAGAAAAAAAAAUAAUAAUAUUUUAUAUAAAUGUAUUUGUAUAAAGAAUAUUUAUGAACAAUUUUAUUAAUUUAAAAGUGUAUCGAAUUGGUAGCGAACACUUAAUUAUAUAUGCAUCGAAUAAUUCGUGCAAAAAAUCUAUGAAGAUUUUUUCAAAUGUUACUGUCUUUCAAUGUGAUAUUCUACAGUGAUUUCUGUUUAAUGAAAUUUCACUGAGAAUAAUUAUAAAUAAAUGUUUUGUUACUGUAA